AGAAGACAAAAAAAUUCGACAUGACCCAUACAAUCCAUUAACCAAAAAAAAAAAGAAUGAAAAGGAAAGUUUUUUCAUAGGUUUCAUCAACUCUUAGUAAAGAGAGAGAAUGGAUCUGAGAUCAAUUAAGCCACUAAUUGAUUCAUCUGAGAUCAAUUAAGCUACUUCUUAGAGCGAGUCUAAUCCUUACUUCUCUUCGUGGAGUCAACAAAUUUUGUUGUUGUUCCAUAACGCAUCUUCAAAUUUCAAUUGUUUUUUUCAUUCAUAAACUUGAAUCACAGGCUUGGUCUUGGAAUCAUUGGUCAAAAGAGAGAGGCUACAACUUUAAAAGGCCUUCAAUAACGUUGGACCGGCUCUAAGAGGACAAAGGGUAGUCUUAUAUCUUCAGUCUUCUACAAGCCAAUGGUUGAAGGGUUCUCAUUGUCAUUGAUGUUCCUCCUUGUUUCACAUUUCUUUGUCUCAGGAGUAAUGUCGAGAAACUUUACUAUAGAGAACAAAUGCGAUUACACUGUCUGGCCGGGAUUCCUAACCAUGACUACUGCGGUUUCGCUCCCCACCAACGGCUUCUCCCUCAAGAAAGGGGAGUCACGUGUCAUCAAUGUGCCACCGUCAUGGUCAGGUCGUUUGUGGGGUAGAUCGUUCUGCUCCACCAGCUCAACAGGGAAUUUCUCAUGUGCCACGGGAGACUGCGGCUCCGGAAAAAUCGAGUGCUCCGAUUCCGGAGCAAGGCCUCCUACGACGCUAAUUGAUUUUACCCUUGACGCUACCGACGGUCAAGACUUCUACGAUGUAAGCGUCGUGGAUGGUUACAACCUUCCGUUGGUUGUGGUCCCACAACGUCUAGGGAGUGGCCGGACAUGUAGCAACGUUGGUUGUGUGGUUAACUUGAACAAGACUUGUCCGUCGGAGCUUAAAGUGAUGGGAAGCUCUAACAAGGAACAUCCCAUUGCUUGCAUGAACGCUUGUCAGAAAUUCGGGUUGCCGGAGUUCUGCUGCUACGGUGAGUACGGUAAACCUGCAAAAUGUCAACCGACGCUUUACUCUACGAAUUUCAAGAACGAGUGUCCACUCGCUUAUAGCUAUGCUUAUGACAAUGAAAACAACACCUUCAGAUGCUCAAACUCACCUAACUAUGUCAUCACCUUUUGCCCCAACGACAUAAGUUCAAUGUCUCAACCAUCCAAGGAAACUAAUGGAGGAACGAAACAAAAGUCAUCAUGGAAGUUAAAACUCAUAGUUGGAGUCUCAGCAGCUUUGACCCUGAUGAUCUUAAUUGUGGUCGUAAUAAUAGUGAGAACAAAGAAUAUGAGAAAUAGUGAGUGGAAUGAUCAGAACGUUGAAGCAGUUGCAAUGUUGAAACGAUACAGUUAUACAAGAGUCAAGAAGAUGACAAACUCAUUUGCGCAUGUUCUCGGUAAAGGAGGAUUUGGAACUGUCUACAAAGGAAAGUUAGCCGAUAGCGGUCGGGAUGUCGCAGUUAAGAUCUUGAAGGUGUCAGAGGGUAAUGGAGAAGAGUUCAUUAAUGAAGUAGCAAGCAUGAGUAGAACAUCUCAUGUCAAUAUUGUUUCUCUGCUUGGAUUCUGUUAUGAAAAGAACAAGAGAGCUAUAAUCUACGAGUUCAUGCCGAAUGGGUCCCUCGACAAGUAUAUUUCUGCGAAUAUGUCAACAAAGAUGGAAUGGGAAAGAUUAUACGACGUUGCGGUAGGUAUCUCUCGCGGCCUAGAGUAUUUACACAAUCGGUGUGUCACGAGGAUUGUCCAUUUCGACAUAAAGCCGCAGAACAUACUGAUGGACGAAAAUCUUUGUCCUAAGAUUUCAGAUUUUGGUCUUGCUAAACUCUGCAAAAAUAAGGAGAGCAUCAUAUCAAUGCUACACAUGAGAGGGACCUUUGGAUACAUUGCCCCUGAAAUGUUUUCCAAGAAUUUUGGAGCAGUUUCGCAUAAGUCAGAUGUUUAUAGUUAUGGGAUGGUAGUUCUUGAGAUGAUUGGAGCAAAGAAUAUAGAAAAGGUUGAAUAUUCUGGAUCUAACAAUGGUUCAAUGUACUUUCCAGAAUGGGUCUAUAAAGAUUUUGAGAAGGGAGAAAUCACAAGGAUUUUUGGAGAUAGUAUAACUGAUGAAGAAGAGAAAAUUGCAAAGAAAUUGGUAUUGGUUGCUCUAUGGUGUAUACAGAUGAAUCCAUCAGACCGUCCACCAAUGAUCAAAGUCAUUGAGAUGUUAGAGGGGAAUCUAGAGGCUCUUCAAGUACCACCUAAUCCUCUCUUGUUUUCACCCGAGGAAACGGUUCCAGACACUCUUGAAGAUAGUGAUGACACUUCAACCUUCUUUAAUCCAAGUCAUUUUGAAAGAGGUACUCUCUUAGAUAGUGAAGAUGUUUUACAACAUGGGUCAAGGUCCUCCUAAACUAAAGUCAACCGGAGAGCGGAUCUCUUUAAACUUGUCAUGAUCUUUAGCUAUUUCUCGAUUAGUUUUUAAUAACUUCUGACUUAAUAGUGUGUUUCUAUGCUUAUUAGAUGAUGUUUACUGACGCAGGCACUCAAUAUUGUUGGUUAAUGAAGACUAUUUUCUGUUGUUUUUCUCUUGGAAAGAGAGAAACGUUAAUAUAAACUCCCCAAAACAAUGUUAAGAUAUCAAUAAAAUUCUUUUGUGUUUCUUGAUAAAA